AUGAAGGUCAUGAGUUACUGUCGUUUCCCCACAGGGAGGAGAGCUGAGAUCUAUGAAACCCACAUGUCAACCAUAGGAACAUGGCGCAGGACAAAUUACAGUUUUGCUGCCUUGGCUCAGUUCCAGGGCAGCUGUGACCACAGGGAUAUUUCCAUCCAAUCCUGCAUCCUAACAACUUUCUUAGACAAGUGUGAGGGAGAACAGACACAUACCUCAACAGAAAGACCCACACUGGCAUCUUGUGCUGUGGACAUGGAAGGGUGUGUGCAUCGCAGGGUUCCUCUGGCUCUCAGAGAGGAACUGUACCACAUCGUGAGGAUGACAGGGCCUCUGCUGCUCUCUCGAAUCCUCAAUUGUCUGCUUCCAUUUGUCGUUACAAUGUUCUGUGGCCGUUUGGGAAAUGAAAUGAUGGCUGGUUAUGGAUUAGCUUCUGCUACUAUAAAUAUUACCACUGCAGCAACAGGAUACGGUCUGGGACUGGCAUGUGAUACACUGGUGUCUCAGACAUUUGGUGGUAAGAACCUGCUGCGAGUUGGCGUGAUCCUUCAACGGGCCAUCAUCAUCCUGCUGUUGUUCUGUCUGCCCUGCUGGGGUCUGCUCAUUAAUGCAGAGGCCAUCCUGUUAUGCAUGAGACAGGACCCUGAGGUGGCCAGAAUAGCCCAACUCUACAUAAUAGCCUACCUUCCAGCUGUACCAGCAAUGUUUCUUCAUCAUCUUCAGGUGUCUUAUUUGCAGAACCAGGGUAUAAUACUGCCUCAAAUGUACACCGCUGCCAUGGCCAACAUUGCAAAUGUGAUAACGAACUACAUCUUUCUUUACUGGUUGGAUCUGGGGGUUAAUGGAUCUGCAGCUGCCAAUACCCUGUCUCAGAUUUACAUCUGUGGUCUGUUGUUUGCUUACAUUCGAUGGAAGAAGCUCCAUGUAACAACGUGGGGAGGUUGGUCUGUGGAGUCACUGCAGGAGUGGGGCUCAUACAUGAAACUGGCCAUUCCCAGUACUUUCAUGAAGUGUUUUGAAUGGUGGGUUUAUGAGUUUGGAGGGUUCUUUGCAGGAAUGCUGAGUGAAGAUGAGCUGGCAGCCCAACAUGCUGUGAUAAUGGUGGCAUUUAUAACCUACAUGUUCCCUCUUGGUAUUCAAGCUGCAGCAUGUGCUCGUGUGGGUAACGCUCUCGGUGCAGGAGACACUGAGAGGGCGAUCUUCAGCAGCAAAGUCUCCCUCACACUUGCAGGUACCUUUGCCAUAGUUGAGGGUGUUGUGCUCGGCUCGUGUAAAUCAGUGAUUGGCUACAUUUUUACAUCUGAUGAGAAUAUUGUAGAUCUGGUGUCUCACUUGAUGAAUGCUUACUGUUUCCUUCAGUUCUUUGAUGGCCUUGUGUGUGUAUGCACAGGCAUCUUCUUGGGUACAGGCAAACAGAAGAUACCAGCUGUGGCUAAUCUGAUUGGAUACUAUGGCAUAGGACUCUCUCUAAGUGUCACUUUAACAUUUGCUGCAAAACUAAGAGUUUUAGGUUUUUGGCUGGGACUGCUCAUUUGUGUCAUUCUGCAGUCCACGUUCUACAUCAUUGUCAUCUUCAAGCUCAAUUGGAAAAGAAUGACUGAGGAGGCUGUGAAACGAGCACAGAAAAAGACACACAUGACAUUAAAUGCGUCUACCCUGUCGCAUGCUACGGGUAACUACACUUCUGGACAGGCAGCAGGCAAUGGGAGUUCAGUGGAUGGCUAUGUAUCUGGGACUGCAGUGCGUCAUGAUGGGAACAUGGAGACACAGGGGGCUCAUGUGCAGCAGGUGAAGGCUGGUCAUCUCUCUACUGCUCAGCUGAUCCUCAGACGAGGCCUCACUGUGCUUGGCGUUGUUGCCCUUCUUGUUGUGGGCAUUACUGUACACUUCCUUGUCCCCUUACCAAAGACCCCACCUACAGAAGCCAACUUUACCAUGGACUGGAUCAACACUACAUAUGCUCCUGAUCACACUUUUCCCAUUGUCUAAAAAGAAUAGUCACAUUGAACACAAAUAAAUCAUGUCAAUGUCUCAGUUUAAUAUAAUUUACCCGAACAUUCUAAAACUCUCUUCAGUUUGAAUCCCUAUCAUUAUC